CGCGGCGUGGGUAUUGCACACAUCUGUGCUUGUGCAUGCAUGAACAUCGGGCUGUUUCCCUGAACGCAAGCUGACCUGACAUGGCUUCUGACCCAACCUGAGCGCAUGGGAAGCCUAACACCAUCUGAACUGAAUGCAAAAAUGGGUUGUGUAUUUGGAUAUGCCAUGGACAGUCCUGCUCGGGCAUAGAAUCUUGUAUAAGGUAUUUUUCAUAAGCGCUCGUGCUUUUUAUUUGGUUUACUUAUUUUUAGUUUCUCUGCUGACGAGUUGCUUCUGCAGAUCAUCAAAUUAUCAUCAGAUUAUUAUUUAUUUAUUAUUAUUAUUUGGGGUUAAUUGAAUAGAGAAAAACUUGUUGCAUAUGCUGCAUGGCAUAGACUCCAGGACUGCAUGCGCGCGCCCAUUUCGCACGGAGUGUAUAAAUAUAUUUAUAUAAAUAUAUAUGAAUAUGUAUAUAUGUUUUUAGAUAUACAUAUAUGUGUAUAUACAGACAGCAAACGCGAGCUACAAGUGGACGGCAUCAUUGCAGGAUUCAGGAAAUUGAAGUAAUUGCAGCCGGCCAUCUCAGAUAGCGCGUUUUAAUCAGGGACAAGAGUCGAGCUGGCACGCGCGCAGGGGGGAUCGCUCAAGUUCGCUUAACAAGUCCACGCGCUGCUCGUGGGAGGACGCAGGUCUGAAACGCACCGACUCUCUUUCAGCAAAGAAGACAAAGAAACAACAAAAAACCCAAGCUGGUUUAUGUGUGUAAUUUGAGCCACGAUGUCGGAGCGAGAUUGCGAUGGAGAGGAAGCCGCGGACUCGAUCCCCGCGGGCGCGCGGCGGGGCGCGCGCCGGAGCGGAGUGCUACUGCUGCCUGACGCUGAGAGCCCGCUGCAGCUGGAGAGCGUGAAGGCUUCGAUAGCGCCACGCAGGAGCAGCAUCAUUAAGGACCCAUUAGUCGCCAAAGUUGGUGGUGGGCGCAAGAAAACAGUAUCUUUCAGCAGCAUACCAUCAGAGAAGAAAGUGAGCAGCGCAGCUGACUGUCUGGCCUUUAUGCAGGGUGGCUGUGAACUAAAAAAGGUGCGCCCCAACUCACGUAUUUAUUGCCGCUUCUUCACCCUGGACCCUGAGCAAGCUUGCCUGCGUUGGGAGCCUUCAAAAAAGGAUACAGACCGUGCCCGACUGGACAUUUCCUCUAUCCGCGAAGUCCGCACAGGCAAGUGCACUGAAACCUUUCUCCAUAAUGGCCCAUCAGAACACCUGGCUGAAGAGGCUGCCUUCUCUAUCAUUCAUGGAGAUGACUAUCAGUCUCUGGACUUAGUGGCACUGUCACCUGAUAUAGCAAACAUCUGGGUGACUGGCUUGAGGUAUUUGGUGUCCCAUCCUGGAGCCUUGGCCGGUGGAGGUGGAGUAGAUGGAGGAAUAGGAGAUGGAAGCGUGGGAAGCAAGUUGAGGAGGGACUGGCUGGCGGCAGAGUUUGCUCUCGGAGAUGAGGAUGGCCAUGGUAUUGUCUCAGAGGAUAUAGCUGUUGCCACCAUCUGUAGGCUAUGCCCUGGAUUUAAGGAGGCAAAGGUACGACUUCGCUUUAAGGAGAUCCAACGUAGCAAAGAGAAGCUGACGUCUCAUGUGACACUUGAAGAAUUUCAGGAGGCUUACUGUGAGCUGUGCACUAGGCCAGAUGUUUACUUCCUUUUAGUUCAGCUAUCAAAAGACCAGGAGUGCCUAGAUGUACAAGACCUACGUCUUUUCUUGGAGACUGAGCAAGGACUACCGCUGGCUACCACUGAAGGCUGCCUAGAGCUCCUGCGGCGGUUUGAACCGUCUGCAGUCUGCCGUGAGAAAGGACUCCUGGGCCUGGAUGGGUUCACUAAUUACCUUCAGUCAACUGAGUGCCAGCUGUUUGAUUCUGAGCACCAGUAUGUCUGUCAUGACAUGACUCUGCCCUUGUGCCAUUAUUACAUCAGCACCUCUUACCGCUCCUACUUGCUAGAUGACCAGGUGCAUGGUAAGGCUGAUCUGCUAGGGCUGACACGGGCCCUACAAUCUGGGUGUCGAUGUUUGGAGCUUGGGGUAACAGACGGACCUGAUGGAGAACCACUUUUAGGAGUUGACCAUGAGUCAGACACAAAGCACCAUCAUCAUCAUCAUCACCACCAUCAUCAUCACCAUAAUCCCCUAGUCACACUGCACAGUGCUUUGGAAGUGAUUAACAAAUUUGCAUUUCUCACCUCACAGUACCCAUUGCUACUAUACUUGUGUCAGCGAUGUUCCCCUGGUCAGCAGCACACUUUAGCAUUGCACCUAAAGAAGGUGUUUGGGGCAAAACUGUACAGGCCUGAAUGUUUGCCCAUCACUCCUGGAGGGCGCAGUACCACAUUUCCUUCUCCUGACCAGCUAAAGGGAAGGAUAAUGCUAAUAGGCAAAAAGCUACCUCCAGAAGAGGAGGGCUCUGAGGGAGAAGUGUCUGAAGAGGAUGAAGAGAUUGGUGGUGGAGGUCCACUGGCUGGUCGUCAGAUGACUAUUCCUGGGGAGGAAGACCUAGGGGUUGUUUUGGUGGUUCCACCUCCACCUCAGCCAAGGCGACUUCGGUUGCGCCGAGAGCUUUCAGAUCUGAUUGCAGUGGCUCGCACUGGUAGCCGUAACUUCUAUAAUCAUCGUUCCAACACCCAGCAGUCUCAAGUUUCUCCUCCCUCGACUCCUUCCACUCCCAGCACCCCGGGUCUCCCAGAUACCCCUUAUUGGACCUUGUGCUCUUUAUCAGAGGGUGAAGCAGGCCGGCUGGCAAGUGAGAGCCCAGAGGAGCUAGUAAGCUUCACUAAACGCUGUCUUACACGAGUUCGACCCAGCUCGGUCCGGCUGGACUCUAGCAACCCCAACCCACAAGGCUACUGGAAAGGAGGUGUGCAGCUGGUAGCACUCAACCAGCAGACACCAGGUGCCAUGAUGGAUCUAAGCCGAGGCCGCUUUGCACAGAAUGGAGGAUGUGGUUAUGUCCUGAGGCCAGCUGUCAUGCGAGAUGAGGUCUCUUACUUCAGUGCUCAGUCACAGGGCUGCGUGCCUGGUGUGCCACCUCAGACUCUCAGGGUGAAGGUUAUCAGUGCUCACAGUCUGCCCAAACCACAGGGUUCUGGCGCCAAAGGUGAAGUCAUCGAUCCUUAUGUGGUGCUAGAACUGCAUGGUGUACCAGCAGACUGUGCUGAGCAAAGAACUCGUACUGCAGCCCAGAACCAGGAUAACCCACUUUUUGAUGAGACUUUUGAGUUUCAGGUAAACAUGCCAGAACUGGCCCUGCUGCGGUUUGUCGUUCUGGAUGACGACUACAUUGGUGACGACUUUAUUGGCCAAUACACCAUCGCUUUCGAAUGCCUACAGCCCGGCUACAGGAAUGUGCCACUGCUCGGGCUGUCGGGAGAGCCUUUACCUCACGCCAGCCUGUUUGUGCAUGUGGCUAUCACGAAUCGCCGGGGUGGAGGCAAGGCACAGAGAAGAGGCCUAUCCGUGAAGCGAGGAGUACGUCGAGGAAGGGAGUACGUUACUCUCCGAAACACAGGCAUCAAAGUGUUAGAUGACACCUUUCGCUCUGCUGGCCCUUCUCUCAAAGAGGCCGCUGAUCUUCGGGAGAAUGCACUGAGUGCUACAGUGGCGUUUACAGAGCAGUGUGGGCUCCCCCCAGUGUCCACGUUGAAGCAGUGCAUGCAUAGUUUGUCCACUAGGCUGCAGGCCCCUGAUGGUGCCCCAGGAGCCAGCCUGAUCCUAAAAGACGGUUACCCCUGCUUGGAGCCACUCUCAAACCUGAACGACACCACACGCAAGCUUCUUAAUGCCUAUGACAUGAUGAUCUCAGCAAAUAAACAGCUAAUAGAGAAUGCAGAUGCUGUGCAGGAGAGAAUCGCUCAGGUGCAGAAGGAAGGCAUGGUGUUUCAUGAAGAUCUGGCCAAACUAGGGGAGAAGGAGAACCUGAAGGAGCGGAAGCUGAGCAAAGCUGUGGAGAGCUUCACCUGGAACAUCACCGUACUAAAGGGUCAGUGCGAUCUGCUGCGCAGUGCUAAAAUGGAUGCCCUGGAUGCUUUGCGGCAGCUGGUGUUGGCCUGUGAAGCUUCUGGACUGACUUUGACCUCUGAACUUCAGUACACCCCACACAGCCUAACCUCCAGAAGGGGCAGCAGCCAUGGCAAUGGUCGCAUUUAAGUCCUCCUGACCUGAGAAUGGGUUGGUGAAUCUAAAGAGUAAAUGUGGAUAAAAAAAAGUGGUGCAAUAAACAAGAGAUGAGAGUCUCUUGAAUGGGAUGAGAGCCUCUCUUAAAGAGUGUAGCCAGGUGAAUAUAUGUAUAAGAUAUGAUGUGAUAGAUCAAAGGGGCACUAAAAUGAUAUCUUAAAAAUACACGUUUUUGAGAUGACCAGAAAUAUUUGAGUCUUAACUAAAGUUUGGAGCAUUCCAUUUAUAUUAUCGAGAGUGGAGUAUAAACUGGUUAGCUGUUGUGCUAAAUUUCUUUUACAUCUUGCAAGGUUUGAAAGGAACAUUAAACUUUAUUGCCGUUAUUCAGUAAUCGCUUCUUUGAUUAUGUAGGUGCUGUCACUUCCUGUUUUUCCAAUUCAAAAUUGGCUACGUUUAAUCACUGGAGGUUAGCAUAGACUUGCGUGUCCUUUCUCCUCCAGCGUAGAGGUGAUCAUUUCCUGCACAUCCAAAUUGCAUACUCCUCUCACCCUUUAUGACUGGAAUAUACCAAAUCGUUGGCAGAUUGUGACACAUAAUUAACGAUUUAAUAAUUAAAUCUCCACUUACUUAAAGGGAAUUUUUUGUCCCUGUAUAAUUAGAUUUACUGAGUGAACAUGACUUGCAGUGGGUGUUGCUCAACUCAGCAUUAAUCGAGCUCUCAGAUCAGACCCAUUUAAAGAGUGAACAAUGGUACUCACAUCCUAAUAUAAAUAUUAUAUCGAUACGUUGCCAACUAACACAAUACCAGUGGUUACUGGCAUUAGAGAGAAGGAAAAGGACUACCCUUUUAUUUUGGAAAAAUGUUCUUUAACCAGCUUACUUAGAUUAAAGUAAACACCGUUAUAAGCAGUCAGAAUCUGAAAUGGCUAAAAAACACUGGAGCAUUAACCAACCUCAUGGCUAAUGUUAUAUCUCACGUUGCUUAACACUUAUUAACAGUGUUGUGAUACAGAGAAGAGAAAACUUCCAAAGUAUUUUCUUGACUGCUUUAAAAGCAGCACUGAAAGUGAACUGUUUUCAUGUUACAAUUUGCUUUAACAUAGUAAUAUAGAAAUGCCAAUAUGUGAUUUCUGAUCAUGUACCAAUAUUUUUCUUUUUGUAUUAUUGAACAGCAGAUCGUGUGUGUGUAGGUAGUCAGUUUUGUGUAAACGUUCCAAUAUCUGUAGCUAGAUAUGUAAAUCUGUGUUUGUAUCUUGAUUAUUAGGGAAAAAGAAAUAUCAUGAAUGUGAAGAGCUUCGCUGAAGCAUUGAUGCAUUUACAAGGAUUUGGAGGGGUGGAGAAUUCUCUUUUUGUCGUUUACUGUUCGGGCUGAAUGAGAAGUGCCACUUCAUCAUCCAGAGAACUAACUUUUUCUUAACGUUACUUUCUAAUCAUUGCAUUCUGUACUUCUCUUAAUCCUUUCACGUCGUCUUAAAUAUCAAGAGCGGGACGCGUUAAGAAUGGCUUUUUUUUUUUGUGUUGUCUCUUAUUUCCCUUUCGCUUUGUCAUUGCUUCUCCGAGCAAGGGAAUUUGAUAACGGUGUUGUUUUGGGAAGAAAUGUCCACAGGUGACCUUGUGCGGCUCUGCUUGUGCAUACACGUGCGCAUCAUGUUCAGCAAAUGUACUCGACUCUUCUUAAUUAACAGCUAGUGUGCAUUUGUCAGACUGUUACCAAACCCAAUAACUUACACAUCUACUCCAUAGAGCAGAGCACUGAGGCAUUCCUUAAUGACCUGUAUGAAUGAUCCACCAAUGGAUUGAGAGCCUAUCCUGCAUAGGAUCUGCUUACCUGUAGCUCAUGGCUGAAUAAUGAAUGCCACUAUUAGUUUUCAGUUUCAGUAGUCUGUAUGGUCAUAGUAGGUUAAUUCCACAGAGCAAUGUUCAUGACUGUGAGAUGAAAGAAGUACUGUCUGUUAUGGUAAUUAAUAAAGGAUCGAAUGAAGUGAACAAAUAAGUUCUAUUAAUUGAUUGAUAUCAUUGCAGUGUGAAACAAAACAGUACCAACCAAUGAAGGACUAGUAUGCAGCAUUCUGGUCAACAGAUCGUAUCAGUGCACCUGUAAACUUAAUCUCUUGCUUGUUCUUUAGCCUUGCGGUCUAUUUACAUGUAGAUGAAAAUGUACUGUAUCAGUCUGCGACUAGUCAGAUUAGCCCAAUAGUAUUAAGUAGCCUUUAGGCGAACACUUCAGAUGGUGCUUUGGUAGUACAUUGUUUAUUUCACCGAAAGACCUCCCUGAACCUGCAACAGUAGUCCAGUUUGUCCUAAAAAAAAAAGCUUUCCGGUGUGACUGCUGUCCUCUGCACUUGGCUUGCUUUCUGUUGUGUCUGCCUUUUCCCUGACCUUACAAAACAAACCUGAUUGUUUCCUAAAGUUCCAUUGUAUAAACAAAAGAGUAUUUAUUAAAGCUGACGAGUGUGUUUUAAAGAAAAUUUACUUUAAAGCGACUGCUUUUAUUUUGAAAAGCCAUUUUGUAUUCCUAAAGAUUAACAUAUGAUAAUAUAAUAUGUGGCACAGACUAAAUAAAUCUUUUAUUGACUA